UUGCUCGGAGCAGGACGCAGCUCGACGCUCGUCAGUUCCACGGACGCUACCGUGGAAACAACCUCAAUCUAAUCCACAGCUGCGCCGCGCUCAAGGCCCACAUUUCUUCUUUUCAAAGGCUUUCCGUCUCCUCCUCCAUCAUCCAUCCACCCGUUCAUCCGUUCAUCCACCCACCUGUGCUCCACCGAACAUGGGGCUGAAAUAAAAUGCGAAGCCGCGGCGGAAGAAAAGGAGCAUUAAAAUCAACGAAAGACGCAGAAAAAAAAGACAGAGAAGGACGAAGGCGUAGAGCAGCAUGCCGCUGGUGAAGAGGAACAUCGAGCCGAGGCACCUGUGCCGCGGGGCGCUGCCCGAUGGAGUGACCAGUGAGCUGGAGUGUGUGACCAACAGCACGCUGGCAGCCAUCAUCAAGCAGCUGGGCAGCCUGAGUCGUCAUGCGGAGGACAUAUUUGGUGAACUCUUUAAUGAGGCCAACAGCUUCUACCUGAGGAUGAGCGGUCUACAGGAGAGAGUGGACCAGCUGGCUGUGAAAGUCACACAACUCGACUCCACCGUGGAAGAGGUCUCCCUGCAGGACAUCAACAUGAGGAAGGCCUUUAAGAGCAGUACCAUUCAGGACCAGCAGGUGGUGUCGCGAACUUCAGUCCCCAACCCCGUGGUGGAGAUGUACCAUCGCUGCGACAAACCUCCCCCGCUCAACAUCCUCAGUCCGUACAGAGAUGACAAGAGGGACGCUCUGAAGUUUUACACCGACCCCUCGUACUUUUUCAACCUGUGGAAAGAGAAGAUGCUGCAGGCCACCGAGGACAAACGCAAAGAGAAGAGACGGCAGAAGGGCUGUGCUGCCCACCCCGACAGGCCCCACUCCAGACAGGCCCCACCCAGGAGCCCCCUGUCCAUCUCUGAGCAGCAGAAGCAGGUUGAAGAUCCGGGCAGAGAGGUGAAGAAGGUGCGCAAGGCUCGUAAUCGGCGUCAGGAGUGGAACGUUUUGGCCUACGAUAAAGAGUUCAGACCGGACGCGAGGCUCACGCCCUCACCUUACCAUGGCAUGUCCUCAGAAGGCUCCCUGUCCCCAGAUAGCAGAUCAAUGGCGUCGGACUCCUACCCAGCCAGCCCCAACCACCCCUCCACCCAGACCCCCAGCGCCGCCCACCUCGCUGACCACCACGCCAGGGAUCACCUCAGCGCCACGGCACAGACUCAGUCGCUGGACCGCGGCCUCAGGCCGGCCAAUCAGCCUCCCGGGCCUGGAGGGCCUGCGGCGGCGGGGAGGAACGUGGCGUCCCUGGGUCGGACCCCCUCUGGACACGGGGUCCCGGCUGGUGGAGACUCGACCGUAAACGGGCCGAGGCAGCAGUUAGUGAAGGAUUACCGGGCUGGACACGGUGGUCAACCCUCCACCAUACCGGAGUACUACAUCCCACCGGCCCCGCCCCCGCCACCUCCGACCAUCCCCUCCGCACAAACGGCGUUUGACUCCACCACGUCUCCGCCUUCAGCUGCCGCCGCCGCCGCCGCUGCUGCGUCCGCCGUGCCCCCAAACUCCGCCGCCCUCUCCCGCCCUUACUCCCCGUCUCCUCCUCCUCCCCCGGCCAACUACGUGCCGUCUCCCUCUCACCCGCCGUCAGGCGCGCCGCCCGCUGCUCCCCCGCCGCCACCGCCUGGAGCGCCCGCUGGACACCUGGUGCACUCGCCGCCUCCGCACGCCGCCAUGGGCCAGCAGGCGACCGGCGACGCGCCACCCAUGACGAGGAAGUCCACCAUGAUCGGGAUGAUCCCAAUGAGCGACGCCCGCUCCGACCUGCUGGCCGCCAUACGUAGAGGUAUCCAGCUGAGGAAGGUCCAGGAGCAGAGGGAGCAGGAGGCGAAGAGGGAGCCCGUGGGCAACGACGUGGCCACGAUCUUGUCGCGCCGCAUCGCCGUGGAGUACAGCGAGUCCGACGACGACUCCGAGCUCGACGAGAACGAGUGGUCCGACUAACAAAGAAAAAGAAAAAAGAAAAAACAAAACUGGGCUGUGAACGAUUGUGAACGCUGUGGUGAUGAUGAACGGGUUACUUUAAUCACUGAUGCAUCGUUACAUUGACGAACAUCCUCCACGCCACCUGCCUCUCUGAAUAUUAAGCACUUCAACUGACGACACUCAUUUAUUAGAGCGCUCUCCCACCUCCGUCCACUCGUAUUUAACCACUCACUAAAUGCACCGAGCUCUUUCUCUGCACAGGUUCUGACUUUUAAAGUGUAGGCAGGCGAGGCCCCCGCUCGGUGAACGAGUGAAUGAGAGUGGGCUCAUGUGUUUACAAAACACAUGAUAUAGCAUAAGGUAAAAAAAAAAAAAAAGAAAAGUUAAUUAUCGUGCAAUCUUGACGUAAAUGCCAAAUGUUGUGAAACAAGUCGUGGACAUUCAGGGAAAAGAGACGUUUUAGCGGGAGAUGGCUCCACUUGGCAGGGCUGCGACUGUGUUUAAAACGAGCGCACUCUCCUGGUGCGUGGUUGCGCGAAUACAAUAGAAUUAGCUCCUCCAAAGAUGCAAACAUGCGGCUAAUUAAUUAUACGCACGUCAAAAAGAAAGAAAGAAAGAAAGAAAGAAGCUGCAGACGAAACAAUCCACACAAAAAAAUGAUAUAUUUUUUAGAUUAUUCAGUGGUUUAUAUUUAGCAAGUAUAAUCAAUGUAUAAAGAUCACAAGUCGUACAAUGUCCAACGUCCUGUCGGUGAGGACGCGUAAUACAAAUGCCAACCACCAGGAUUAAGCUGGUUUGAAAGACAAACACCAGCGUCGUCAAGAGUUUAGCGAUGAAAUCGUUCAAAUCUGCAGCCUCCAAAUGUCGGAAUUGAACAUAAGAUUUAAGCGAGUCGAGCUUUUGCUGUAGUGAUUUUCUCAUGACUUCACAUAUGUGACGUGCUGUGGUAUUGAUUGAUUUGUAUUUAUUUAAGUGAGAGGCGCUUUCCACACAAAGCAUUCUGCUUCAGGGUCAAAGGUUAAAGCCUAACAACCUGUCUGUGGUGACUGUGGUAGUUUUUUUUUUUUUUAAACUGUGGAGUGAACACAUGAAAUGGCAAAAUAAUACAUAAGAGUAAGAGAAACAUGCGUCAGUAAAAUAUGAUAAAACCUCAGUAUGAGCGGAUUGAAGUGUUUUUACAAUGUGUUUUUAUUUUUUGAAAUGUGCUAUAUAUAUUAUUUAUAGUUGUCGCUACUCUCAAGGCCAGGAUUAGGGUACAAGAUUAUGGAAUUAGAUGUGUGUCAAUGUAGCAAACAGCGCUUUUUAAGAGCAAAUAAAGCUAAUAAAAAAAAAAUCAAUUUCAUUAUUCAAAAAAAUUGGUAUUUUAUUGUUUAAAAAAAAUACACUUGUUCUUUGCGCUCCCUCACGAGUUCCAGACGAGUUCCAGUCUAUUGAGCUGUCACUCCAGCUACCUAAGGCCCACCCACAACCAAAAAACAAAUAAGGGUAGCGCAAAGAACAAGUGUAUUUUCAAACCAUAAAAUACAAUAUGAGCAGGUGUUUGAAAAUAUUGACACAAAUCUAAUUCCAGACAAGAGAGACAUUGGUUGGACGAUAAUCUCAACUUUUUCCCCCUCCAUAAAUCCACCGUCAAGCCAAAGCAAAGAUCGCACAACUGGAUUCAAAAAUCGUCAUCCGUUUCAUUUAUUUCAUACGUUGCAGCUAACCUUGUUUUUUUUUUUUCUUUCCCACAAUAAUAGUAAACAUUCUGUAAAGUGGAGUGUUUCUAAUCCAGCCUGUAAUCCAGCCUGGAGCACUGCAGCUAAUGCUAAUGUCUCAGCUGUAUUUAAGAUGAAAAUGCUCAGUGCUUCUAUUUUCAUUGUAAUAAUUAACUUUAGCUUUCAUUUGUUAAUUAGUGCUGGAACAGUUCAAGCUCAUAUUCGGUUUACAUUCAAAGUGGAGCAGAUUAUAACAUAUUCUUUGUUCUGGUGGGUGAAAAAAAAGAAAAGUCAAAGACAUAUAAGUAUAUAUGUUUGCAUUGAAUUACAAAUGCAACACAUAUUGUAUUUCCUUCAACGCUGUCUCUGUUAUGGCUGAAAGGUUAAUCACAUAUUUUUAACAAUAUUCAGCUUGUGAUCGUAGAUGUUUGUUUAUUUCCGUGUGUCUUGCUAACGUAUGAAUCCGGUUAUGGACCUUUUGAUAUUGCAACAGUCAAAAAUGUAGAUAAAACAAGUUUUUACCAAACAUGUCUGAAAGACAUUUGACCAGCAAAAUCCCCCGUUUGUGUUUUCCUGGAUUAUUUGAACCCACAACAAUGACUCCGGCUGUGUCUAAUGUGAGAGACUCAUAUUACUGGGUAGUUGUCGGUUAUUUUUUGGUGGAUUACUGAAAAAAAUACACUUGUAUUCAUGGAUAUUAUUCCUGAAUUUAAAAGAAAGCACAUAUGGACCAGAGAACAUCAAUAUAUAUAUAUAUAUAUAUAUAUAUAUAUAUAUAUAUAUAUACAGUAUAUAUCCAAUACUCAAAAAUACAGCCAGCAUCUUUCUGGAUUUAAGCACUUAAUGGCCUUUGAGUGUCCCCGAAUGUAAACUAGUGACUGUGAAAUACUUUUGUCUUGUUGGAUGUGACAAUAAAAACACGUGGUCCGUAUUUCACAACUGCAAGUACUUGUCCACAUGAUAUGCCAAAUUUGGUGAGACGAAAUAAACCUUGUUUUAUAUAUAUUUAAAAAUAGAAAUUCAGAGAUGAAAAAAAACAACAACCAUCCCUUAUGUAUCUAUGGCUACUGACUUGUGUUUUUCUGUGUUGAAAAUGUGAGAAAUGAAUUAUAAUGUAUGGAGUUUUGUUAUGAGGCAGCCUGUCGAGUUAAAAAAAACAACAAAAAAUACAUUUGAAGUAAUAUAACCUGAAUAAUGGAACACAAUAAAACUCUGUAUUGCACACUAAGACCAACUGUAAGCAAGUAUGCAUGUAACUAUAGACAAUAAAUGGUGAAUAUAAA